AUGCUGAAGCACCAGCUACCCUCACGCAACCUCGUACCCAUCCCGUUAUACAUCGCACCACACCCGAUCAACACGAUGCACAAUACCUCUGUCACUCCGAAACAAGGUCGGCAAGCGUCUUCGGAAACUGCAUAUGGUCUCAAUGACCCUUAUCUUGACCUAACCAGAUCGGCGUCAGUGAAGAUGGAACCCCAAGACUAUUCCCCUCCGACAACAAUUGGACUGGGUAUCUUUCAGAAUGUCCCCGCCGGCGUUCCCGUUACUCAGUCUCUCUCCAUUCAGAACUGGCCGAACCAGCCUGUUAUCGGGACGUCGGCGUGCUUCCAUUCAGCCAUGGGUGCUCCAGAUUAUAGCACUCUUCCAUACUUCCAACAACAGUACCCGAGCGGCCCUGUUAUCGGUCAGCCGACAAUGCCCUUUUCCGGCUUGGUUCCUCACGAUCAAAACUCUCCGGUAUAUUAUAGCUCUGAUAUUAGCGCGAGAAGUUGUGAUAGUCCAAUCUAUGGAGAAGCUUCUAGCUGGUCGAUCACCCCACAGUCACAGAUGGAAACGCCUUUGCGGUACCCGAAGCAAGAGCCACAUAUAAACAGCCCGAUAUGGGAAGCAUCCCUUUCUCCAACAAGGCCAACUUUGUCCAGCACUCCUAUAGCGUUAGGCCAACAGCAUGUCGACUCGACAGUAGGAAGGGUGAACACCAAACCCUUAGACCAAUCUCCAUCACUUGAUGGGACAGAAUCCGUUGCAGAGUCUGAUGCCUGUCUGCAUGUGUCUGCAGAGGGAUCCACAUCUCCCGAUCCGUUCACAUCAGGACUGUGCUGCAAAAUCUGCGGGAAACGUUUCACAAGAAAGGCAAACUGCCUAGACCACGCCAAGCGACAUGACCCAAAACAGAGGAGUGAAUUUCCUUGCCAUGAAUGUGGUAAGAGUUUUGGAAGGAAGACAGAUUUAAAGCGGCACUUUUCGACG